AUGUCCACUUUUCAUUCGUCAUUUGUAUUAGCUCAGCCAACAAACACUCCGCUGCUCCCCACCGGUAUCUUCAAACUUAUGCAAGAAAUCCCCUACGAUGUGUGGCGCUGCAUCGCGGAAUUCUUGCCCACAGAGGAUUUGAAGAGACUGUACUCCGUAAACCGUGCCUUUUUGAACAUAUCAUUGGAUGAACGAUAUAGGGUAGCAUAUAUUGGCCCUCCGGGUAGCAUUUCAACGGAAAGGAAUUUGAAUACACUUAUUGACCCAAAGUUGACGUCCCGGGUGCGAGAUUUUACCUUUAAACCGGGUAGUUUGUGCAAGCUGCUAGACGACAAAUCAAUUCUCAAGGGACCCUCAAAUUCCAAUACAGUCACUACACUACUAAACGAUUUCGAACGCCUGGAUAUUGCCCCACAAAGAAGGAGAGCUUUUCCCAGUCAACUGAUGAAUUCAUACACCUUGCCUGUCGAUGCUGUCCACAAGAAUGUGCUGAGAAUUUUCAAGCAGAUGAUCAACUUGACAAGUCUUCGUAUCGUGCUUGAUAAAGGGGAACUUCGCCAUUUUAAACCUCCAUCGUCGACGUACUUCUCGGUUGGAUGGGCCACCUUUGGCUCAAACCUGAAGUCACUGGAUCUUCGGAUCCCUCUGGAAUAUAUUGAGAACGUCUUACCAGCAAAUGGAGCAAUAUUGACAAAUCUUCAGAACCUAUCACUUCAAAUCAUUCGUGAAUCGAUCACAACGGAUGCAUCUACGGUCUUCCUGGAGAAGAUAUUACCUUUUGUCAAUGCCCAUAGCUCCACCCUCCGCUCAUUAUCGUUUGACAUUGCGGAACAAAUGGAUCUUACUCCAGUGUUGCAACAGAUAGACCAUAUUCACACUCUACAGAUCUUCAAACUUAAGUCGAUCUUUAUGAACUAUGAUCAAACCGGUAUUAGUGGUCUUGAACAAUUUCUUCAGAAACACCGAGUACAUUUGACUGCCCUUCACUUGGAGAUAGAUGCUGCUUUCGGCCUCGAUCCUGUCCUUCACCCUUCCUUUUUCGCACAGCAUUGUUUCCAUAUAACACUCCCAGCCCUUCGCGAUCUUUACGUCCGUUUCUAUCGCUUUCCAGUUCAGUAUUCUAUCGACUUAAUUCCUUUCGCUCUACAAUUCAGCACAACCCUGCAAUCCUUGGCAAUCAUUGAGCGAUCUUGGGAAAUGGACCAUAUAAGAUUACUAUUGGAUGGGUUGACAUCAAAUUCACCCUUAAGAGAACUGAAGCUCAAGAUGAUUAUACUUGAAGCGUCGAUCAUUGAGGCGUUCGCCUCCUGUUUACCGAACCUGGUCACUUUGGGGAUAUUGUUCCAUGACAUAGGCCCUGAUGGAUUUUCCGACCCUCCCACCAAUACCAUGCCUCUCUUCGCAGACGAAAUGCGCCGUCUUAAUUUCCCAACAUGGCGUCUCCGGGAGUUGAACUUGGUAUCGCCAUUGCAUCUAAUGCAAUCACAGAUGACGAAUUUUAAACAUGCGCUAGUCGGCGCAUUGCCGAGUGUUCAAAGGUUUUGUGGACUAACACCGGAAGAGUAUCUUAAAACCAGAGAGUUUAUGGAUUAUUUUGUGGAAGCUUCAAAAGGAUUUUGA